AUGAGGAAAACGGAAAUUCCUCUUCGCAGAAAACAACAUCACGUGAAAAGGAGAUGGUGCCACUCUCAAGAUCAUAAACCCUCCAGCCCUUCUUUCCAGAGGGCGACGAAAACGCAUCUUUUGCUUCGACUCCCUUGCCCCUGUCCUUGCAGCCUGCCUAUGGUCAGCUCAGAACUUUUGGGUGUCUCUGCUAUGGUUCUACAUCAUCCAAGCAACGUCAUAAGUUCCAACCACGCUCUAGAGCCUGUGUAUUUCUGGGGUACCCCUCUGGUGUUAAAGGGUAUAAGCUCAUGGACUUGGCUAGUCACACUAUCUACAUCUCUAGACAUGUGGCAUGAAGACAUCUACCCAAUGGCUUUUGCUCAUGAUGCUCAAGGUACUACUUCUUCAUACCAUUAG